UCUCUUCCCUUUAUUUGUGAUUAAAUUAAUUGUUUAUUAAUAAUAAAUAAUUUAUAAAGUGUGAAAUUAAUUCAGUUUUUUUUUAGUUUUCAACAAGUGAUGCCAGUUAAAAGUGUAAAUUAUUUUUUUUUUUUUAUUUUAUUUUACUUUUCUAUAUAAAUCAAAAUAGCAGGCGGAAGUAUAGUUUCUCGCAAACAUAACCUGCAAAAAAAUGAGUUUUGAAUUUUCUUCAACAAUUUUCAACCUUUUUCCUGAUUUAAAAUGAUCAAAAUGCCACCAGCGAAGAAAUUAGAUAUAGAUAAACAAGCAUGGAUUUGGACGGAAACUGUUCAAUCUAAUGAAAUUCAAAGAAUUCAUUUGGAAACUGCUUAUCGGCUUGGAUUAAGAAAUUGCACAAAUUGCAAACGCAAUUGUGGAAAUAAUCCACAAUGUUUGACGGGAUUGGGCGAGGACAAAUAUUUAAAUUCAAAUGAAUCAAAAAUUGAUCCAUUGGAGGAUUCAUUGAAUGAAAAUCUUCGCGAUACAUCGCAACCUGUUGGCUUGAAUAAUCUCGGUGCCACUUGUUACGUCAAUAGUUUACUUCAAGUUUGGUUUCACAAUGAGAAAAUGAGGAGAAUAAUUUACGAAUGGAAUUUGGAGGAUGACGCUGAGGAAUGCGCGGCAAUAAAACAUGCGGAAGAAACGCAUGAACUUUAUCGUCCCGUUACUGUUCUUGGGAAUUUACAACAUAUUUUUGCAAUGCUACAAUUUGGUAAUCAACGUAAUGUUGAUCUUGUUCAUUUUUUUUAUAUAUUGUCAUUGGACACAUAUACACAACAAGACGCACAGGAAUUUGCCAAACUUUUAUUAAAUCUCGUUGAGACAAAAUUAAAUCAUGAAGCAAAGGAACGUCUUCGAAAUUUAACGCAGGGUCAACAGAGUUACAUUAAUUGUUGUAAAACUUGCGGGACCGAGUAUCCAACAACAACGACAUUUUAUGAAUUGGAUCUUCAAUUGGCGCAAACAUUGAAAGAAUCAAUUAAUAAAUAUUUAAGCGAGGAACAAUUAACCGACACAAAUCAAUAUCAUUGCGCCAAAUGUAAUGCAAAACAAGACGCGAGACGUUUUAUUCGUUUGGAUUCAUUGCCAGAGGUGUUGAAUAUACAUUUUUUAAGAUUUGUUUUUAAUCGAUUGAGUGGCCAAAAGAAAAAAGUGAACACCGCGAUUCAAUUUCCGGAAAAAUUGGACAUGUCACAAUAUCUUGGUUGUCCACCAAAUACACAUGUUUAUAAUUUGGUGGCAAUAUUAAGUCACAGAGGAAGUUCAGCGCACUCGGGUCAUUAUAUUGCAACAAUUUGCAAUUCAAAUGGCGAAUGGUAUCAAUAUAAUGAUGCAAAAGUUGAGAAAAUAUCUCGCGACGAAAUUAAUGAAUAUACAAAAGCGACAAAAUCGCGAGCAAAAGGUGAAUAUCUCUCGAAUGCCGCUUAUAUGCUUGUUUAUAAAAAAUCACAACAAUUGGGAAUUAAAAGAAAGGGACAAUGUGUGACAAAUAGUCAUUGUAAUUUUGAAAUGAUGUCAUUGAAAAAACAAAGAAAUACAAAUGGCGAUAUGGAACUGGUUGAGGAAAUUCCUGAGACAUCGUCGAAUGGAAAUAAAAUUUUAAAUGGUGCCUCUUCACAUUUACAAAUUAGUUUACAAGAAACGGACAAAAAAUUAGAGAUGGAAUUUGAAGAAUGGGGAGUGAGUAGAAAAAUUAGAGAAAUUCUCAAAUUAGAAAAUGUUGAUUACGAAUUAAAAACUCUCGAUGCUCAGGAACAAAAGAGAAAAAUUGUUGGCGAUCACAAUGUUAAACGACAAUUGGUGAUUGAUAUUUAUAAAAUGUUUCACAAUAGAAAUUCAUUAGUCGAACAUGUUUGGAUAUCAACUGAAUGGCUAACAAAAUGGCUUAGUUCACAAUCAAAUAUAAUACAACCAAUUGAUGUUACUUCGUUGCAAUGUUGCCAUGGAAAUUUGGAUCCAUCGAAAGUAAAUAAGGCAAAAUGUAUAACAAAAAAUGCAGCCGAUGUACUUUAUCAAAAUUAUGGUGGCGGUGAAAUUCGUCUUGAUCAAUUGUCACUUUGUCGGCCGUGCGUUGAACGUAAAUGUACAUCGUUAAGAUUUAAAGUUGCAUUGGAGAAGGAUGGCAAGGAAGUUGGUGAAUUAAUACGAGCAUUAAAAACAACUGACGAUUUUUGUUAUAUUGUCGGUGCUGAAUCGUUAAAAUAUUGGCGAAGGCUUGCAACAGAAAAAUUUAACGAAGAACUAAAUGAAAAAUAUAAUACACAAUUACAAUCGAAUCAACAUAAUGGACAAGAGGAGCCAAGUAUCGAGGAGGAUGAUGAGAAUGAUGUUCUUAAUUUUAAUGAAGAUUUAUUGUGCGAGCAUAAUUGUCUUCGUACGCCUGAUUCGUCGAGAAAAAUUGUUCCAAAAGAAGCGUGGGAUAUUUUAAGGAAAUAUUUUCCUGACGCGAGGGAAUUUCCGAUUAAUGUUAAUCCUUGUGAUAUUUGCGAGGCGAGUUUGGAAACUGUCCAAAAAUCAAAAGAGGAGGACAAAGUAAAGGCGAGAGAACAGAAGAAUGCAUUGAAAAAUUUGUACUACGGAAAACACAGGAAUGAACUUUUAAAAUGCACCGAUCCCACAAUUACUUAUUAUAUUGUGGAAAAGGAAUUUUUGGACAAUUGGCAUUCAUUCAUUCGAUUCGCUGAAACGUGUAAAAAAUCACCACCAGUGGGAAUCAAGAACUCUGUCUUGGUCUGCGAGAAGCAUAAAGGAUUUUUGUACACUCCACCUCCAACGGCGAAUGAUGGAUAUGGCAUUGUCACGGCUGAGGAAUGGGAGAAAUUAUCGGAAUUUUAUAAUUUUGAUUGUUCAAUUUCGAUUCGAAAAGAGGGAACUGCCUACGUCACUGAUCCUGUCGUAUGCAUGGAUUGUUUAUGUGAAAGAUUAGAAGUAGAACGAAUGGCGAGCCUUACUUAUGAUAGAGCAACAAUAUACAUAAAAUGUAUCGAAGAUGCAGAACCUAUUAAAACAUCAAACAAUGAUUGUUCAACGAGGAAGCGACCAACGAGAACGAGACGAAAUAUUCAGGGUUCACACGAGUUUAAAGUGUCUUCGGAACUUACGCUAAAGGAACUGAAAGUUAUGGUGAUGCCAAUUUUUGGAGCAGGACCAUUUGAUCAACAUUUAAUGUUAGACGGUCACGAGUUACAAAAUGACUCGGAAACACUUAGUUCUUUGGGCAUCUUCCCUGAAACUCUGCUCACCUUAAAGAUUGACGUUCCCGUGGAUGUUGAAGAUGAUAAUUCAGAACCCGGAAACGAAUCAACGUCACCGGAAAAGGGUUUCAAAGGUACCGAAUUAGUUCACAGCUGAUGCGCAUCACCAGUAAUAUAAUAAACAAGUUCAAUUUUUUUUAUUAAAAAAAAAAAAAAAAAAUUUAUAUUAUUACUGUAAAUCUAGAAUUAAAAUAAUAUUUUUCUACGACUUUCAUUUAAAAGAAGAAAAUAACAAUUCGACUGAGAUAAUAAUAAUAAUAAUAGUAAUAAUAAUAAUAAUAAUAAUAAUAAUAAUAAUAAUAAUAAUAAUAAUAAUAAUAAUAAUAAUAAUAGUAAUAGAAUUUGAUGAUGAUUAUUAUAAUAAUGACAAAUGUGAGUGUGUGUAUAUGUAUGGUAUAUGUGAGUGUGUGCUUUUUUUAUAUAUAUAUAUAUAUUUAAGUACAAGUCUGACAAUUGCGCAUCAAUAUUGUUCUUCCAAAAAAAAAAAAAAAAUUAAUAAUUAUAUAUAAAAUUGUAAUUUUUUUUCUCAUGUUAUUUUGUUUUUCUAUUUUAAGCAACAAAAAAAAAAAUCAUUGACUUUGUUCCAUUUUGUAAAUAAAUAAUUUUCUAAAAAAAAAAAAAAAAAAGAAGGAAACCUUAAAACAAAAAUUUUCUUCAUUUCUAGUAAUUUUUUUUUUUCAUAUCAUAAUGUGUUUGUAUUUUUUUUUUUUUUACAAUUUAUUUCACAACAAAGUUAAUUUCCCCCCUCCCUCCUUUAUUAUUAAUAAUAAUAAUAAUAAAUUUUUAAAAUAGAAAUUAUUAAUUUUUUUUUCUUUUUUUCAUUAAAUGCGAAUUGUCACAUUUGUUUAUGGAUAUUAAUAAAAAAAAAAAAAAAAAUUAAAAAAAAAAAUUACUCAGAGAGAAUUGAAUGAGUGUGGAUGAAAGAGAGAAUGAAAUUUUACAUUGUUUUUGAUAUUGGUUACAAAAAAAAAAAAAAAAAAAAAAAAAAAAAAAAAAAUGUUUGUCAUAUAUUAUAUUAUAUAUAUAAUUUAGAAAAAGAAGAAAAAAAAAAUUGGGCUUUCAAUUUUCUUAUUCGGGGUAGAACAUUGUUAUUUUCUCCCAUUUUCCCCGAUAAAGAAUAAUAAUAAUAAUAAUAAUAAUUAAAAAUAAAAUGAAAGCCAAGAUAUGCGAUAAUGGUUUGUACUCUACUUUGUAAGUAUAAACAAGUUUAAAAAAAAAAAUUAGAUUUGAUUGUUUUUAGAUAGAAAGGAUCGUUUUAGAGCUAAAAGUUUAUUUAUUCCUCCAUUGUGAGGUUGAAAAUAAAGAAUGCAGAUUUUUUAUCGAAA